UGUUUGACCAGGCCUGACAUUUAUAAGAGGGUGUGAGGCUGCAGAAGCCCCAUUCUGACUGAAAACAGCUGAACACCAAACUUCAACAUGGUGAGGCUUGAAAUGUCACUGGGACAAAAGAGUAGUUAAAUUCAUUCUCUAAAAAUCUUGACGAAACAAUGGAGGACGCAGAGGACAACAUAGCUGUUAUUGGAAUGGGAUGUAAUUUUCCUGGAGGUGAGGGGUUGGAUAAAUUCUGGAAAGUUCUUCAAGAGGGAAAGAAUUGUGUGGCAGAUAUUCCUGCUGAGAGGUUUGACACCAACUUUUGGUACAACGUGGAUGUCAACCAGACUGGAAAGACACAAACAACCAAAGCAGCUCUUAUAGAAGGGUUUAAUGACUUCGAUCACAUGUUUUUUGGGAUUGCUGAAGUGGAGGCCGACUCCAUGGACCCGCAGCAGAAACUCCUCCUGCAGUGCACUUACAGAGCAUUAGAAGAUGCAGGGAUAGCUAUGGAAAGCAUCAGUGGAAGCAGAACUGGUGUUUACAUAGGUCUUAUGAACAGGGAUUACGAGAUGAUCCGAAACAACAAUUCAGACUCUAUAACCCACUUUAAUGGCACCGGGACAGCUAUGAGUAUGGCAGCCAAUAAGAUUUCCUUCAUCUUCAAUCUCACUGGACCUUCGUUUGUUCUCGACAGCGCCUGUUCUUCUUCUUUGGUGGCGCUGCAUGUAGCCUGCCAGGCUAUAAAGCAAGGGGACUGUGAGAUGGCACUGUGUGGCGGAGUUAACUGUAUUAUGGAGCCAAGAGUGUUUGUUGCUCUCAGCAAAGCUAAAAUGAUCUCACCUGAAGGAACCAGCAAACCUUUCUCCAUCAGUGCUGAUGGUUAUGGCAGAGGGGAAGGCUGUGGUGUUAUACUCCUGAAACCUCUCAGAAAGGCUAUAAAGGACUUCAACAAAAUAUGGGGGAUCGUCUGCAAAACUGCAGUAAACCAGGAUGGGCACUCAACUACUCCAAUCACAAAACCCUCCAUGACGCAACAAGAAGAGCUGCUACGAAGAAUCUAUUCAGACUCUGACAUCGCAAAUGUCCAGUACAUUGAAGCACAUGGAACUGGAACCCCAGCCGGAGACCCAAUAGAGGCAGGAAGCAUCUCCAACGUCAUCGCUAAAGCCAAACCUCCUGGUUCAAAGACACUGCUGACAGGGUCUGUAAAGGGUAACAUUGGACACACAGAAUCAGCGGCUGGAGUGGCCGGACUCAUUAAGGUACUCCUAAUGAUGAAACACAAAACCAUUGUUACGUCUGUUUUCUACUCUAACUGUAACUCGAGUGUAGACGUGAACGCUCUGAAUCUACAUAUCCCAAGUAAAACUGAAAGAUGGGAGGCGACUGGAUCAAUGGGGAGGGUGGCAGGGGUCAACAGCUUUGGGUUUGGGGGCACAAAUGCACAUGUUAUUUUAAGAGAGCACAGUCAUGAAGUAGCUCCCACAAAAGCCUGGCCAAAACUCUUUGUAUUGUCUGCAUCUUCUGAGAAAUCAUUGGUCCUGACCAUCUCAGACACCCACCAAAGACUUUGCAACAAUCCAUCAAGUGAUUUACAGAGAAUUUCAUACACCUCAGCAUGUAGGAGGAGUCACAGCAAAAACAAAUUUAGAAAAGCUUUUAUAACAAACACCCUACCAGAUUUAAAACAACAGCUCAAAUCUGAACUUAAGACAAAGUUUGAGUCCGUAAAGCCUGAUGUCCAGUUGGUGUUUGUAUUUUGUGGAAAUGGUGUUUCGUAUUGGGGGAUGUGCAGGCAGCUCAUGAGAGAGGUUCCUGCUUUCAGAGAGAAGGUCAGGGAAGUUGAAAACGCCUUCCAGACUCACCAAACCAUCAACAUCAGUCGAUUGCUUGCUGGUGAAUGUGACAACACCAAUCUCAGCCAGCCAAAUGUGGUUCAGCCUCUUCUUUUUUCGAUUCAAGUUGGCAUUGCCACUCUCUUGAUGCACUGGGGUGUCAAACCCAAUGUCAUGCUUGGUCACUCUGUUGGGGAGGUUGCUGCAGCUCACUGCUCGGGGCUUCUGUCUCUUGAGGAUGCUGUCAAAGUUUUGUACCACCGCAGUACCCUUCAGAGCAAAGUCACAGGAGGCAAAAUGCUUGUGGUUAGCAAUGUAGCUGUAACAAAUGUUUUAGAAGUUCUUUCAGCUUUCUCUGGGAAAAUCAGUGUAGCUGCUUACAACAGCCCCCAGUCUUGUACUUUAUCAGGAGAUGCUGAGGCUGUUGACACCCUACAUGAGAGACUGAUGCUCAUGUUUGCAGAUAAGAAUCUCUUUCUUCAUGUCUUGGAUGUUUCAGCUGCUUACCAUAGCCACAUGAUGGAUCCAGUUCUAGAAGACAUUGAGAGCAGCAUUGGGCUUUUGGGCAAUAACUACAUGGAGUGUGAGCUUUUUUCAACAGUAACUGGAAAAAGAUGUUCAGAUGGUGAUUUUACAUCUGGUACAUACUGGGCAAAAAACAUCCAACACCCUGUUUUAUUUGAUCAGGCUCUUCAUGCUGCCACCAAAGACCAAAAGUCUAAAGGAAAUAUGGUCUUUGUGGAGAUUGGACCUCGAAGGGCACUUCAGAGGUACAUAUGUGAGACCCUUGGAGAUGACACAAAGGUUUUUUCUUCUGUUCAACCAGAGAAAGAUUGUGACUCAAUCUCCUCGACUUUGGCCAGUCUGUUUGUACUUGGCAUUAAUGUAAAGUGGAAUGAAGUCUACAAGGGUUGUGAGACACUGCCAACAACUUUGCCAGUCUAUCAGUUUGUAAACACAAAGAAAAACGUGAAUUUUGAAGCUUUAAGAAGAGGCCAUGAAUCCUCCGCUGUUUCUCAUCAUAGGGUCAUGUCUCAAAUAAAAGAGGACAAGAAAAAAGUAAUAUAUGACCUCUCAUUCAAGACUGCACCAUAUCUUUGGGAGCAUAAAAAUAACAAUGUCCCUAUUGUGCCAGGAGCACUUUAUGUUGAGUUAGCUUAUUCCACAGUGAUGGCAAACCUAAAACCAAAGAAACCCGUAUCUCAACUCAGGCUCAGUGUAACAUUUGAGAGUGUGCUUACUCUAAAUCUAAACUCCCAACAGAUGAAAGUGAGUUUAGAACAAUCAGAGAGGGAAGCCUCAUUUCAGAUACAGUCCUCUGUUGCAACACAUGCCUUAGGCACAUUCAGGUACACAGAUCAACAACCAUUGUUGGAAGAAGCAGUCAUCGGUGUUGAUGUGAUUUACCGAAGAUGCAAACUAGUUAUGAGGAGAGAGGAGGUUUAUUCACUUUUGUCUCAAUUAGGAUUUGAGUAUGGCCCUCUUUUCAAACAACUAGACAAAGUUUGUUUGGGGAAUGAAUUCAACGAAGCUAUCACAACUUUCCAAGUCCCCGCUGAACUUCAGAAAAAUCUCCAUGAGUAUGCAGUUCACCCUGUGAUUCUGGAUUAUUUCAUGCAAAUGACCUCUGUGAUAGCAAUGAGACAACAAGCCGCCACACAGGGGUUUCCCUCGCAAAUUGCAAGCAUGGCCAUAUCUGGACCCCUGCAGAAUGACAUGAUCAUGUACUUGAGAGCAACUGAGGAGAGAAAAGACUUCCUUGAUGUAUGCGGUUGCUUUUCCACCACAGACGGGAAGGUGUUGGUGGAACUUAAAGGGGUUAGGAUUUCUUUUUUGAACCCAAGUUCAAAUGCUCCUCAGUCAUUGUUCUUUCAGAAUGAAACAGUUGGAUUAGCAACUGAAAUAGACGUGCAAGACGGCAAAAUAAAAGCAAUAAUCUUUGAAGAUCAACUUGGCAUUGCUAAAGGUCUAAGGCCAUAUUUAUGUCCAGAGUCAAUCUUUGUCAAAGGCAGAAAGAAGCUGACAUCAGGUGAAAUCCGAAACUUAGUGUUUGACUCAUUAAACAGCAAUGAGGGUGUAAAAGACAUUAUUUACAUGUGGGGGGUGGAAGACCUCAGUCACUUGUCUCCCGAGAGAAUCCUGGAAUGCUUUGUGAUUUGCUGUGAGAUGUUUCGCCAGAUUGUUUUAGCUGUCAAAGAGAGCAAAUGUUCCUGUGCUAUCAGGGUCAUAACUUACAGGUCAACAGAAACCACCGUGGACCAUGUGAGUUCUGCUUUUGUGCUUUGCGGUAUGCUCAGGGCCUGCUCUGCAGAGAUGGCAGGUCUUCAUUUUCAGCUGGUUGAUCUUGCUUCUGUAACCGUUGAAGACAUCAGGACACUGGCUCGUGUAAUUAAAAUCUCCAAACAGCAAGAAGUCAGAGUCAAUAAAGGACAGGUGUCAUCGAUAAGAAUAGCACAAACUACAGUGAAAGACAGGGAUUUAGUUGAAGGAGAAACACACUCAGUGGAUCCGAGAGAUUUUGUCCUUCAAACUACUGAUCCAUUCCAAAUGGCUAAUCUGUCUGCCAUCCCUGCUAACAUGGACGUAAGUCUUGUCCAAGAACAAUCUGUUGAAAUUCAGCUCACCAAUAUGUGCAUUCAUUCCUCUGAUUUCUUCCCUGUCAGCACUUCCCAUUUGAACUUUGGCGAGACAUUGUACUGGAACAGACAUGUGACUCAGAACCACAAGGUUCUGGCUUUAGAUUUUAGUGGCAUUGUCACAUUUGUUGGUAAACAUGUUCAAAAUCUGAAAGUAGGAGACCAUAUUGCAUCAUGUUAUCCUGCUAUUGCUGCUACAAAGAUUGUUAUUCCUGAAGCAGUGUGUUACGGCACGAAGACACUUCCAUUUCUCAAAGAAACUCCAUGUGUGUCAUAUUUCAUACUGGCAUGGGAGGUUUUACAGAAACUGCUGUCCGAAGUGAAAAAAAUGGACAAAAAGUUGGCAAUCAUCUCUUCAAACUCAGCCUCUACUCUCAUGAAAGUUCUUGCUCUCACAGCAAGCAGGUCAGGCUGGAACGUUUCCUCUCGAGCACAAUACACCGGCGAACUGUCCCAUUUUGAUGCCUUUGUUUUUCUGCCACCUUUUGAUCACUCUUUUGAGGGAAUGUGUAACAACGGAGGCCUGGGAAAACACAUUAUUUUUGUGUGGAGCAGUCACAUGUCACCUUUAACUCCCACAAGUGGGUUUGCACCAUUGAAUGACGACGUUCACGUGCAUAAUCUUGACGUGGCUUGUGUUCUCCAGAGAGCCAAUCUACAAGCACAAAACAGAAAUAUCUCCAACUGGCUUGUGUCGUUAGGCUUUGAAGCAGCCUCUUUGCCUCUUAGAGGGGAGUUGAAUCAGACAAAAUUGUCUGAGUCCUAUUUCAUGACAACAACAGUGCAGCAAGUUGUCUUUAAUCGUGAAGGAUGUGAUUUACCAACAUCUGACAACCAUUUGCUCACAAACCCCAGACAACUAUUCAAACAAUACUGUGUUUAUGUUGUGACUGGCGGCUUAUCUGGUUUGGGGUUUGAGACAGUCAGGUUUAUCGCCCAAAAUGGCGGUGGCUGUAUUACAAUAUUGUCGAGAAGGGCUCCAUCUGAUGACAUACAAUUUGAAAUAGAUCUCCUCCAGAAAAGAUUUGGGGUGAAAAUUCUAAAUGUCCAGUGUGACGUUUCUGCAUCAUUGCAGGUGGUGAAGGCCAUCUCCAAAAUUGAACAAAAAUUUCCAUCUUGUCCAAUCAAAGGGGUGUUUCACAGUGCUGCUGUGCUGCACGAUGCAUUGAUUGAAUCGCUUGACGAGUCCCUCUUCAGGAAGGUCUUAAAACCCAAAGUCAGUGGUGCUCUCAACCUGCACUUUGCAACGCUUCACAACAAACUUGAUUUCUUUGUUUGCUACUCUUCCAUCUCAUCCUUCAUUGGCAACGCCUCACAGUGCAACUACUCUGCAGCCAAUUCUUUUCUAGACACGUUUUGUCAUUACCGGAGGAACCUCGGCCUUGCCGGACAAUCCAUCAAUUGGGGUCCUUUGAAUCUCGGUCUGUUGCUGAAUAAAAAUCACUUUCAAAAGUUUCUGGAAACCAAAGGUUUGAUGACAAUGGGUGUGUGUGAAGUUCACGAGACUCUUAAGCAGUGUCUUUUAAUGAACAGACCGCAACAAGUAAUAUGCAAAUUCAACUUCAAAAACCUUAAUCUGCAUGUUCUGUCACAAAACAGUUCUCUCAGGGAGCGCCUGUCAACUUUGGUGGAAUCGAUGCUUAAAGAUGAAACACAUGAAGAACCUAAAGUUCAUCUUUCUUCUUCCACACAAGAGACCCUGAAGAUGAUUGUUGGUGAAAUACUGAGUGUCAGUGCAGCUGAACUGGAUGACAAUAUCUCUCUGAGUGCACUAGGGAUCGACUCAAUGUUAGCCAUGACUCUGCAGAACAAGAUUUACCAAGAGACUGGAGUAAACGUACCUUUGGUUGUAUUACUAGACCAUGGCAGCACACUUGGCACUUUAGUCAGUGUUGUGAACAGUGGGUAGGUUUAAACAAUAACCUAUUGUUGAAAGAGCUAAGUAUGUAGACUGAUGGUAAAUAUAAAGAUAAUUUGUAGCAGAGAACUUCUUCUAAUAGAAAACUAUAACUUUUAAAAGUUAAGCUACUAAUUGCUGCUGGUGAACUUGCAGCAACUUUCUGAUAAUUAUGGAUUUGCUGCUAGAAAAAAAAAUUGUAAAUAGGGUUUUGUGGGAAGUUUAUUAAGAAAGAUAUACCAUGCUAAAUUCUGACAUUUUUGUGUCAUAAAUACAUUUUUUAUGCACAGCCAGUAUUUUUGUGUAAAAAUUUCAUCAUCUUUAGGAUUUCUUUUUAAUUAUAAACAUUAUUUGACCAAACAAAUCUCAGCAUUAUUGUCCUGAAUCUUACGUAUUUUACGUUAAGCUUUUUUUUUUCUUUUUUUUUUUUUGUCUGUCAAAUGGUUUUAUGUAGCAUCUUUUUUGUUAGCAACAUGUAAGGAUGACUCAGCACAAAAACAAAUGCUUGUAAUGUCUGUAUGGAUGUUAGAUAAAUCAAUGUUUUAGAUCAACUAAAAUUUUUUUGCUUUUAUGAAUAUUUGAAGUCAUAAGAAUAUGUAUUUGUGCUUACGUUGUGCCUUUAUAAUAUAAAGGUUGUGGAAUGAAAAUACUGGAACAACUGUCAAUUUGAUGUUGUACAAGUUAAAACCUAAAGGACUGAAUAUUUGUAAAUAAACUAAAUUUAUUGUGAUGAAAUAAAGCAAAACCAGGACAAAA